CCCGGGGCCCGCAGGUCCUCGUCGCCCAGUCAGCUGAGCAGCGAUGUUACAAGUACGGUACCGUGUGAGGUACAGCACGCCGGGCGUCGUCGCUGCGAGGCUGUUCUCCUCCGGGCCCACCGGGAACCCCGUCGUGUUCCUGGACAUCGAGGCCGACAGUGAGCCUCUCGGGAGGAUAACAAUCGAGCUGAAUGCAGACGUCGUGCCAAAGACUGCAGCAAACUUCAGAGCACUGUGCACGGGGGAGCCUGGCUUUGGAUUCAAGGGCUCAGUGUUUCACAGGAUCAUACCUGAGUUCAUGUGUCAGGGGGGAGAUUUCACCAACCACAACGGCACCGGAGGGAAAUCUAUAUAUGGGAAGACAUUCAAAGAUGAAAACUUCAAAUUAAAACACACUGGUCCAGGAACACUUUCUAUGGCAAAUUCAGGGCCAAACACCAACGGCUCCCAGUUCUUCAUCUCUACGACUAAAACUGAAUGGCUUGAUGGUAAACACGUGGUGUUCGGGCAGGUGAAGGACGGUAUGGGCGUGGUCACCAAGAUGGAAUCCUUUGGUUUACAUGAUGGCGGUGUGAUUAAGAAUAUUGUCAUCACUGACUGCGGGGAGAUCCCCCAAAAUCACACAAUGACUUCUGUCGGAUGACUCGGCAUGCAACCAUUCGGUAUUUACUUUCUUUCAUCCGUGUUCACGAUACUUUCAAGGAGGAACUUUCACCUGUGAUCCUGCUCAUCCCUAAAAACUGACAUUUUUACCUUUUUUUAAAAUAUUAUUUUAGAAGAUAUCUCACUUUCCUGAGUUUGAACUUUGAACCAACUACUUUGUCUACAAACACUAAGUCAUCCGCUUUGUAAAAUGUUCUUAUUGUGCAAUUACUCUCCAUUUACAGCCAAUAAAAUGACUGUUUUCAGAUUGUAGUAGCUCUAGUCUUAGUACAGGACACUUCUCUCAUGUGCCACCGACCCUGCUGGUUUUAAAGCUUCCUGGAAAUGAUCCAGCAGCUUUUUUUAGACACCGGCUCUCCAGCGCGACUGACUUCCUGUCCAUCGGAGCAGGAUGUGACAUCAUUCGACAUCCACCUACAAUGGAGCUGAAAUAUCACUUGAAUGCAGUUGACAGAUGAUAGAGCUGCGGGGCUAAAGCCUCAUUGGACACGGUGCAUGGAGAUGAAUUCAUCUGCUGGAACCAUAAAGGAACCUGAAAAAUGCCUUCAGCGUGCAUGUGGGCUGCUCUUCCUUCACUGCUCCUUUUAUUUAAAACGCAGAGCGUCUGGAGGAGAGAAU